GCCGUCUCCAGGACGACUUCCCGCGCGCCCGGGAGCCUCCGAGCCCCGAGGGCCCGGGCGAGGGCUUCGCGUGAAGGCCCAACUCUAUGGUCUGCGGAGGCGGAGCCUGCGGCCGGAUGCAUGACGGGCCGGGGGCGGGCUGUCCCAGGCUCCCAUCAUGGCGACGGCGGCGGCGGCUCUCUCUUUCUGGCUCCGGGCUGCCCUGCUUGUCCUUGCGGCCGCGGUCUACGAAGACCAAGUGGGCAAGUUUGAUUGGAGACAGCAGUAUGUUGGGAAGCUCAAGUUUGCCUCCUUGGAAUUUUCCCCUGGAUCCAAGAAGUUGGUUGUGGCCACUGAGAAGAAUGUGAUUGCAGCAUUAAAUUCUCGGACCGGGGAGAUCUUGUGGCGCCAUGUUGACAAGGGCACUGCAGAAGGGGCUGUGGACGCCAUGCUGCUCUACGGACAGGAUGCAAUCACUGUGUCCAAUGGAGGCCGGAUCAUGCGUUCCUGGGAGACUAACAUUGGGGGCCUGAACUGGGAGAUUACCUUGGACAGUGGCAGUUUCCAGGCACUUGGCCUGGUAGGCCUGCAGGGGUCAGUGAGGUACAUUGCAGUCCUGAAGAAGACCACUCUUGCUCUGCAUCAUCUCUCCAGUGGGCACCUGAAGUGGGUGGAACAUCUCCCCGAAAGUGACAGCAUCCAUUACCAGAUGAUGUACUCCUACGGGUCCGGGGUGGUGUGGGCCCUUGGAGUUGUUACCUUCAGCCACGUGAACAUCGUCAAGUUUAACGUGGAAGAUGGAGAGAUUGUUCAGCAGGUCAGAGUGUCAACUGCCUGGCUUCAGAGUCUCACCGGAGCCUGUGGUGUGGUGGAUGAGGCCGUCCUGGUGUGCCCUGACGCGAGCUCACGGUCCCUCCAGACACUGGCCCUGGAGACAGAGUGGGAGUUGAGGCAGAUCCCACUGCAGUCGCUUGACUUAGAAUUUGCAAGUGGUUUCCAGCCCCGGGUCCUGCCCACGCAGCCCAACCCAGUGGAUCCUUCUCGUGCCCAGUUCUUCCUGCAGCUGUNCAGCCCUAAUCCUCUUCUUUCUCUUCAGUCGCUUGACUUAGAAUUUGCAAGUGGUUUCCAGCCCCGGGUCCUGCCCACGCAGCCCAACCCAGUGGAUCCUUCUCGUGCCCAGUUCUUCCUGCAGCUGUCCCCAAGCCACUAUGCUCUGCUGCACUACCAUCACGGAGUCCUGAGUCUGCUCAAAAACUUCCCGCAGGCUGCCCUAGUGAGCUUUGCCACCACUGGGGAGAAGACGGUGGCUGCAGUCGUGACCUGUCGCAGUGAAAUGCAGAAACCUAGCAGCUCUGAAGACGGGUCACUAGGAAGCUUUCCAGAGAAGCCCAGUGCUCAGGACUCACUGACUUGCUUCAACCAGACCUACACCAUUAAUCUGUACUUAGUGGAGACUGGUCGGCGGCUGCUUGACACCACCAUCGCCUUCAGUCUGGAACAGAAUGGCACUCGGCCAGAGCGGCUCUACGUCCAGGUGUUCUUGAAGAAGGACGACUCGGUGGGCUACCGGGCCUUGGUACAGACGGAGGAUCACCUGCUACUUUUCCUGCAGCAGCUGGCAGGGAAGGUGGUGCUGUGGGGCCGGGAGGAGUCGCUGGCGGAGGUGGUGUGCCUGGAGAUGGUGGAUCUGCCCCUGACGGGGGCGCAGGCCGAGCUGGAAGGAGAAUUCGGCAAGAAGGCAGCAAUUCAAGAUGGCUUGCUGGGGAUGUUCCUUAAGCGCCUCUCGUCCCAGCUCAUCCUGCUGCAGGCGUGGACUUCCCACCUCUGGAAGAUGUUUUACGACGCUCGGAAGCCCCGAAGUCAGAUUAAGAAUGAGAUCAACAUUGACACCCUAGCUAGAGAUGAAUUUAACCUCCAGAAGAUGAUGGUGAUGGUGACAGCCUCGGGCAAGCUUUUUGGCAUUGAGAGCAGCUCUGGCACCAUCCUGUGGAAACAGUAUCUCCCCAAUGUCAAGCCAGACUCCUCCUUCAAACUGAUGGUCCAGAGGACGACUGCGCAUUUCCCCCACCCCCCACAGUGCACCCUCCUGGUAAAGGACAAGGAGACAGGAAUGAGUUCUCUGUAUGUCUUCAAUCCCAUCUUCGGGAAGUGGAGUCAGGUGGCUCCCCCAGUGCUGAAGCGCCCCAUCUUGCAGUCUUUGCUUCUCCCCGUCAUGGAUCAAGACUACGCCAAGGUGCUGCUGUUGAUCGAUGAUGAGUAUAAGGUCACGGCGUUCCCAGCCACUCGGAAUGUCUUGCGACAGCUACAUGAGCUCGCCCCUUCCAUCUUCUUCUAUUUGGUGGAUGCAGAACAGGGACGGCUGUUUGGAUAUCGACUUCGAAAGGAUCUUACCACUGAGCUCAGUUGGGAGCUGACGAUUCCCCCGGAAGUGCAGCGCAUCGUCACGGUGAAGGGGAAGCGCAGCAGUGAGCACGUUCAUUCCCAGGGCCGCGUGAUGGGGGACCGCAGUGUGCUCUAUAAGAGCCUGAACCCCAACCUGCUGGCCGUGGUGACGGAGAGCACAGACGUCCACCAUGAGCGCACCUUCAUUGGCAUCUUCCUCGUCGAUGGCAUCACCGGGCGCAUCAUCCACUCCUCCUUGCAGAGGAAGGCCAAGGGCCCUGUCCACAUCGUGCACUCCGAGAACUGGGUGGUGUACCACUACUGGAACACCAAGGCCCGGCGCAAUGAGUUUACGGUGCUGGAGCUCUACGAGGGCACCGAGCAAUACAAUGCCACUGCCUUCAGCUCCCUGGACCGCCCCCAGCUGCCCCAGGUCCUCCAGCAGUCCUACAUCUUCCCGUCCUCCAUCAGCGCCAUGGAAGCCACCAUCACCGAGCGGGGCAUCACCAGCCGACACUUGCUUAUUGGGCUGCCUUCUGGAGCAAUUCUUUCCCUUCCUAAGGCCUUGCUGGAUCCCCGCCGUCCUGAGAUCCCAACAGAACAAAGCAGGGAGGAGAACCUGAUCCCAUAUUCCCCAGACGUGCAGAUACAUGCCGAGCGAUUCAUUAACUACAACCAGACGGUUUCUCGAAUGCGAGGUAUCUACACAGCUCCCUCAGGCCUGGAGUCCACUUGUUUGGUUGUGGCCUAUGGUUUGGACAUUUACCAGACUCGAGUGUACCCGUCCAAGCAGUUUGACGUCCUGAAGGACGAUUACGACUACGUGCUGAUCAGCAGCGUCCUCUUUGGCCUGGUGUUUGCCACCAUGAUCACCAAGAGACUGGCACAGGUGAAGCUCCUGAACCGGGCCUGGCGGUAAAGACGCAGGACCCCACUGCCGGAGAGCGGAGGGCAGCGAGGAUCAAAUGGGAAGCUGCAGCUGUGGGCCGACGGGUCGGGUGGGGACGUGUAUCGGGUGCUUAUCUCAGCUGAGUCGUGGGGAGGAAGCUGCACUCUCGUGGAGACUCCUUUCGGGUCACGUGUGCUCGGCGUCGGUGGUGGAUGGAGCCUGAGCUCUCUCUACCCGGGAGUCUCAGCAUCUCGCCGGACUUGCCCUCAGCGUCUGAAGGCCGUCACCCUGUUUUCCUUCCGUUGCCCCGUCGGUGAAUGUUGUUUCUUUACUAAAUCCCCCGACAGACUUUUCUCUUUUGUGAGGCCUGCUUCAGUUGAUCUCGGUUCGCCCUUUGUGUUUCCCAGGCUUAUCUAGAAAUCCUUCUGACUGUUUCCCUGCCUCAUGCUUCAAAGUCAGGAGGGAACGCUUAUUGAUAACUCCACCUCAGACGUGCUUUUGCUUUUCCAUGUUGGGGAGAAAGAAGAUCCAUGCUUAGUCGAGGCUCAGAGACAGAUCCAGCCUCUCAUGCCUUCUCUCCAAAGAGUUGCGGAAUCUGUGUGGCGUCAAAGUUUACUUUAGGCCCCUCGUUUGGAGGCUGUCAUUCAACAGGUGGGGCCGCCCGGUCCUUGGUGCAGUCUAUCACAUAGGCGUGGCACGGUGCCCGGUUUGUCACUCGUUGCCUGUGCUUUGCACCUAAGGUGUGUCCGAGCCGAAGCCGCCUUAAUACUCCUGAAUUGCCUGAACCUGCAAGAGAUUUCGAGGGAGGAGAGACUCUCCCCGUUCUGCGGUACCUCCCGACCUCUCAGUUCACCCCCAGGCUGGGCUAGUCCUCUUCUGACCUAGUUGGAGCCAGCCAUCCUGUUUAAGAACCUCAUUAUUUAUUUUUUACUUUUUAGAUAUAAAUUCAUGAGUGCAUCACAUUUCUCCUCAAGUGAGUAGAUUUUUAAAUGUUACUGCUGUAACCUUUGCAGCUUUAAAAGAGGGGAGGGUUGGAUGGGGGUAGGAAACUGGCGUGUUGUGAAGGAAGCAGUGCCAAUCGGCUGGGCUGUCUCUGUGACAAAUGGAAAAAGUCUUAAAAGUUUCCUUUGCACCCAGAUCUGGGGAAUGAUGGCGUUUUUCUUUCCUGUGAAGGAUGAAAUGUGCAGAGGAGAUCAUCUCUAGCCUUGUGGGGAGCGCGGUUCGCUCAGGUGUCUGAAUAAAGUGGAUGAUGAGUGGCA